AUGGCACUAAGCCAGUUACUGUAUCUACUGUCUGCUUGUAGAAUAUGGCUGACCUAUCCUGUAUGUGGUGUUCUCGCCAUGCUCGCUGAUCUCACAAAUGAAGUGUCUCCUCUCACACUGGUGGUGAUGUCUCUGGAGAGAUAUGUAGCUGUGUGCUACCCACUGAGGCACACUACCAUCAUCACCAUCAGAAACACAGGUGUGGCUAUUGUUGUAGUUUGGGCGUUCAGUUCACUAAAUGUUCUCAUACAAGUUAUUUUGCUGUUAGAUUUUCCAUUUGAAGAACUGGAGAGCCUGCAGAUGAAAGACUAUUGCUCUGACAUAGCCAUGUUUCUCAGCCCACUACCUGAUCAUUAUAACAAAGCCUUCACUUGUUUUCUAUUUGUAUCAGCUGGUGUGACAGUAACUUGUUCCUAUAUUGGUGUGGUGAUAGCAGCCAGGUCAGCCUCCACAGACAAAGCUUCAGCCCAUAAAGCUCGUAACACACUGCUGCUGCACCUGGUGCAGCUGGGCCUCAGUCUUUCCUCAACUGUACAUGACCCAUUGAUUAUUGCCAUGUCAAAAUUCCUAGACAGAGUAGCAAUUGGACGCAUCCAGAGAGUUCUUUAUGUAUGUAUUAUCCUUCUCCCAAGAUGUCUGAGUGCUCUAAUCUAUGGCAUCAGAGACCAGACCAUCAGACCCAUCCUCAUUUACCAUCUAUGCUGUCGCUGGAGGAGAUCUUUGAUGCUUGGCACACAGCAGCACUCAAAGAUGAUGAACCAGUUAUUUGUCAUCAGUUUCAAUACUAAUUUCCUUCAUUAA